UGAAAUUCAGAGCCUUUGAGAGACGGCUUUGGAAAUUGGGUGUUCCUCAGUUCCUUGGCAGUCCCUGAUCCUUUAUGCUUAGAAAUACAGGAAGGUGCAGAAGAAUGGAAACUAAAGAUACUUGUAACUACCUGUAACUGCUGCAGUGGGAAAUGGGUCAAGUUCUCUCUCGACUAGAUGAAGAUAAUCAAGCGCAUCUGAAUGGCCUCAACCUUGACUGCAGCCAACUGAUGAUGAGAAGGAGGAAACUGUGGGAUUAUUCCUUUCAGUUUUCCUGGAUGAUGGAGGGAGAGAUAUUYGCUGCCACGUUGUUGCCACCAGGGAGCAUGCCACCAGAUUCCAGCAUGACUCUGGAACAGAAAACCACCUUUGUCUUUGUGAUUUUACUGUUUGUUUUCUUGGGAAUCCUCAUUGUUCGCUGCUUCCGAAUUCUCCUUGACCCCUACCGGAGUAUGCCGACCUCMACCUGGGCUGAUGGACUUGAUGGACUGGAGAAAGGCCAGUUUGAUUAUGCUCUUGCUUAGAGGCUGAAAAAUAUGGAGGCUGAUUUAGCAUAUUGAUAAAGAAAGAUAAAUUCUGUAAUGUUUCUCUUUUUUUUUUCAGAUAAUGUAAGAGUUGCAACAUACAAAUAAACACACCAAUUCUUUUUUUUUUAAUUAAAUAACAAAGUAAGUUAAAUUUUUGAAAGUAGAUUUGUGAACCUUGUCAUGGGGAAAAAAAAGAGCAUUAGCAGAACUGUGUUUUAAAAUGCGCUGGAACAAUACAUCGCAUGUCUGGUACUUUAUAACUCAAUAUUUGAUUUACAGAUAUUAGAACAAGCCUUUUCUAGGGCAGCCUUUUUACCAUUAAGCAGAAGUCUGUAGAAAGAGGUGUCUUAUAAAUAAGGUAGGAAUAUGAUUUUAUGAUAUGUAUGUAGUAAAUAACUUUUCAAGCCCCACAGGACUCUCCUUUUUUCUCUGUUGCCCAAGUUCUGAGGACAAAUAAGGAAGUGUCCAAUACUAUAAGAUAAGGCUUUGAGCUCUGGAAAACUUAGGGAGAAAAAAAAAUUMUUUGUGCAUUCAACAAGAUGCUUUUUCUCAGCACUAAACAGUGGAGAAGCUGCUUAUUAGUAGCAAAGAACUAGCUGUAAUCYUAAUUGUGAAUAAAAUAUCUAAUGA